CUUUGUUCCUAGGUUCAUCCGGAAUUGUACGUUGACAAAUCAAGGGGAGAUAAACUGAAGAUCAAUCUAGACGUUAUUUUUCCACAUAUGCCUUGUGCUUAUCUGAGCAUCGAUGCCAUGGACGUAGCAGGAGAGCAGCAGCUGGAUGUAGAGCACAAUCUGUUUAAACAACGUUUGGAUAAAGCUGGCAAUCGUGUGACUCCAGAGGCUGACAGACACGAGCUGGGGAAAGAAGAAGAAAAAGUGUUUGAUCCAAAUUCUUUGGAUGCCGAUCGCUGUGAGAGCUGCUACGGGGCAGAGUCAGAGGACAUUCGGUGUUGUAAUACUUGUGACGAUGUCAGAGAAGCAUACAGGCGGCGAGGCUGGGCCUUCAAGAACCCGGAUACCAUAGAACAAUGCAAGAGGGAAGGGUUUAGCCAGAAAAUGCAAGAGCAGAAGAAUGAGGGCUGCCAAGUGUAUGGUUUCCUAGAGGUCAACAAGGUAGCUGGAAAUUUCCACUUUGCGCCAGGGAAAAGUUUCCAACAGUCUCAUGUACAUGUUCAUGAUCUACAGAGCUUUGGACUUGAUAAUAUCAAUAUGACACACUACAUCAAGCAUCUCUCAUUUGGAAGGGAUUAUCCAGGCAUUGUGAACCCUCUGGAUGGGACGGACGUCACUGCACAGCAAGCUUCCAUGAUGUUUCAGUAUUUUGUCAAAGUGGUGCCCACGGUGUAUAUGAAAGUAGAUGGUGAAGUGGUAAGGACUAACCAGUUUUCAGUUACACGACAUGAGAAGAUAGCCAACGGGCUACUAGGAGACCAGGGUCUGCCUGGUGUAUUUGUGCUAUAUGAACUUUCACCCAUGAUGGUGAAGCUGACAGAGAAACAUAGGUCCUUUACGCACUUUCUCACGGGAGUUUGUGCCAUCGUUGGAGGCAUAUUUACAGUUGCAGGAUUCAUUGACUCCUUGAUCUAUCACUCAGCAUGUGCCAUCCAGAAGAAAAUUGAACUUGGGAAGACAACAUAAAUAAGCAACAACCUCACCCCACAAAAAAACCUCUAAGGAGAACUAAACAGUUUUUUUGAAACACAAGUGAUCUUCUGAGUGCACAAGAGAAGAGGUUUGGAAUUACUAGAUGGCCCUCACCGCUCUUACGUUACUGUCCCAUCAUUCUUUCUUUGGCAUUAGUUUGUGGGUGGAACUGCUUGAACCAUGCUGCUAUAAAGAUGAGCCAUCUUGUCUGGCUGUGCAGACCCUACUGUAAAAACCCUUUUGUGUCAGACCAUAUUCAUCCAGUUCUGCCCCCUGUCCCUGAAACAGAUGCUGGAGAUAUUGCAUUCUGUUUGCCUCCAGGAAUAAUGUACUGUAUUGUCAUGAGACCUCGAAUGAAUUGAAUUUGCCAUCAAAGGAGCUUUCUAGCAACAUGAUCUAGCUUUUGAAAUUUUUUCUUAAAGAUUUUUCUGAGUGUGCUGAUGCUAUAUGCUAGACCUCUGUGAAAAUGUGCUGAAUCCCAUGUGAUUGCCUUCCAGCUCUCCCGGGCAAUGUGGUGAGACCUAGCACUUGGGAUGUGCUUGCUGUACUGUGGGGCAUUGCAAUUGCUCCAGAUUGCUCUUCUUACAAAGAUGCAAGUUGAUGUUUCAGCAGAAAAAGCAUUUGGAGUUUUAAUUGAUAUUUUUAAAUUGGAUUGUGUUUUUCACUUCCCCCCGUUUGUAUUUUGA